ACGGUCGACAAUCUAUUUCCAUUUCUCUAGAAACCUCCCCAAAGCCCUCGGAAGCAUAUUCCUCUCUCAAGCUGCUAGCCCAGUAACGCCAACACCAGCGGCAAUGGCGUUGUACUCUUUCCGCCUCCGUCGAACCCUAACCUCUCUCUCCACCCUCAACCGCAGUCUCUAUGAAGUUUCUUCAAUUCCUGCAAUCUCUACUCCCGCUUCACAGUCCCCACUUCUCCAGGGCAGCACUUUCAGGUCAUCAAGGCCCUUCACUCUUCUAUUUCAAUCCCGGCCGUUCAAAUCGACGACCUUCGUGCCCUCCUCGGCCCGCUCAACAUACAAUAGCAACAGCACCGAGGAAAUCGGGCCUGAUACGAUACUGUUCGAAGGUUGCGACUACAACCACUGGCUUAUCGUUAUGGAUUUCCCGAAGGACCCCAAGCCCACACCCGAGCAAAUGGUCCAGACCUACGAGGAAACCUGUGCUAAGGGCCUCAACAUUAGUUUGGAAGAAGCGAAAAAGAAAAUGUAUGCCUGUAGCACAACAACAUACUCGGGCUUUCAGGCUGUGAUGACGGAAGAAGAGUCCAACAAGUUUCAUGGUUUACCUGGAGUUAUUUUCGUGCUGCCAGAUUCUUACAUAGAUCCAAUAAACAAGGAGUAUGGAGGAGAUAAAUACAUUAAUGGAACAAUUAUACCAAGGCCACCCCCAGUUCAGUACGGGAGGCCGGGACGAAACCGUGAUCGUAGAUAUGGACAGGGUCCAACGUCAAACCAGCAAUGGAAACCCUCAAAUGACUACCAGAUGUCAGGAGAUGGAAGGAACUAUGGUGCUCCACAAAACCAUCCACCACAGCAGAAUUAUGCUCCACCUAGACAAGGAGAAAGAGGCGAUCAUAUACCCAUGAACAACAGGAAUUAUGCCCCAGGAGGAACGGGCAAUUACCAGUCAGGGCGGGGAGAUCCAGUUCCUUCCUAUCAGAGUAAUUACAACCCAGGGGGGCGGGGAAAUUAUUCUCCCCAAGAACAAAGGGACUUCCCCCAACGCGAUCAGAGUCAUUAUGGACCUCCUGGACAGGGGAAUUUUGCUGGAGCUAAUAGGAACUAUGGUCCUUCACAGGAUGGAUCUUAUGGGCGAGGACCAGGUGGAUAUCAGGGCCAGGAAACAUAUGGACCUUCUGGGCAGGGUGCAAGUUCUGGCAAUGGCCAGGGUUACCCAGGGCAUGGCCAGGGUUACCCAGGGCAUGGAGAAGCUCAAAGGUUCUCACAAGAGGAGCAGAGAAACUGGCAAGGAGAGCCAAGGACCUAUGCACCGAGGGGACCAACUGGAAAUGACCAAUUCACUUUGUGGAUGGAAAUGGUAAAUGUGGAUACCAAUGAGGGCAGCCUUGUCGAAGGCAUCUCAAAUCCUGCUCUCGUUGUUCUCCUCUCCCUUGUUGGAGAGGGUUUUGGCUCAGCUGUGAGGUGAAUAUGUAGCGUAAUCUCAACAUGAUUUCUGAAUAUCUUACUUUUAUUUGAUCAUUUCAGAGGUACUGUUGUUUUAGCUUGCCUGUGAGACAGUGCUACUUUCACCUGCCUAAUGAAUGGAUCUAAAGAAGCUGUUGAUUGGAUUGAAAGUAUUCAUACACAAAAAAGCAUCUUGGUAGCAAUACAGAUAGUAAUGUUUUAAUAGACAAAACUUAUAUUGACUCUCAUGAAUUGUUCCACACUACGAGAAGGGCAUAAAAUGAUGAAGGUACUGCCCAUUCUCUCAAUGCAGAAUUUAUGCUCUCAUGGGAGCCUU